GGCUGUUCGUCAUCAAACCUAGACGGCCAGCCAGAGGCCCCGUCGUCAUGAUUCUGCGCCGGAAGACGCUGUCUUUUCAGGAGUCCUUUCCCUGAAGUCCCGGCUAUGAAUCGCAAGAGACGGCUCCUGGCAUCUGAGGCUUUUGGAGUGAAGCGGCGGCAGGCGCCGGAGCCCGUGAGAGCGGAUCCUCUAAGGGCGAGAGCAGGCUCGGCGCGCGAGGCCAUCGAGGAGCUCGUGAAGCUGUUCCCCCGGGGGCUGUUCGAGGACGCGCUGCCGCCCAUCGCGCUGAGGAGCCAAGUGUACAGUCUCGUGCCAGACCGGACGGUGGCCGACCUACAACUGAAGGAGCUUCAAGAGCGGGGAGAGAUCAGAAUCAUCCAGCUAGGCUUUGACUUGGAUGCCCAUGGAAUUGUCUUCACGGAAGACUACAGGACUCGGGUCCUCAAGGCCUGCGAUGGCCGACCGUGUGCUGGGGUGGUGCAGAAGUUCCUGGCCUCAGUGCUCCCAGCCUGUGGGGACCUUAGCUUCCAGCAGGACCAGAUGACACAGACUUACGGCUUCAGGGACCCGGAGAUCACGCACCUGGUGAAUGCUGGGGUCCUCACUGUCCGCGAUGCUGGAAGCUGGUGGCUGGCUGUGCCUGGAGCUGGGAGAUUCGUUAAGAGCUUUGUUAAAGGGCGCCAGGCUGUGCUGAGCAUGGUGCGGAAGGCCAAGUACCGGGAACUUGCCCUGUCAGAGCUCCUGGGUCGCAGGGCCCCCUCGGCAGUGCGGCUGGGUCUUGCCUACCAUGUGCACGACCUCAUUGGAGCCCAGCUGGUGGACUGUGUCCCCACCACUUCUGGAACCCUCCUUCGCCUGCCAGAUACGUGAGGAGCCAACUCUUGGAUUCUGCAACUCAGACUGGGGUUCCUGGAAGGGCCGCCCAGGGUGGCCGCACAAGUCACCACAGUGGGCGCGGCUCUGCUGCUGCUGCUGCUGCUGCUGCGCUCCCACCUGAGCUGGGCUGUGGCGCUGCAGCUCUUGCUUCUGUGGUGUGGGGCCAGGAGCCGGGCCAGGGGAUGAGAAGGUGGGAUGGGUUGCCGGAGACGCUGGAGCAGGGAGCAGAAAACUCCACCCUUCGUGUCAGGUUGAAAUUGCCAAAUAAAAUAUUUGAGCCUG